AUGUCACCCCCAACCGCAGCUCCAUUCCCCCUCCAUGACACCCUCAUCAUCGGCGCCGGCCCCAGCGGCCUAGCCGUCGCGGCGCGCCUCCGCGAGGAGACGCCCUCGGCCAUGUUCACCGACGACGAGCACCAGCGCUACCACUGGAUCAACAAGCACCGGGGCCGGAUGGCGCUGGUGCAGGCGCGACAGAGCGGGAGCGGGCAACGGUGGAAGCAGAGAGGCGCGGAGGGCGUGAGGGCGGAGCGGUAUCGGGGGGUGCAGAGUCGCUUCCAGCCUGGGAGCUUGAGUUCGGGGUCUGACUCGGGCUCGAGUACAGGCUCUGAUAUAGCCAGUUCGCCACCUGGGUUAUCUUCUUCGGUCACUAGUUCUUCAUCUAGUUUUACCGAAGAGGAGGAAGAGGAGGAACAGGACGACGGGAACACAUCGACGCUGGUGCUGGAUUCCUCCGCGCCGCGGUGGAUGGAGAAAUGGAACCGCGCAUUCAAGACGCUGGAGAUCGAGCAGCUGCGCAGCCCGAUGUUCUUCCACGUCGAUCCGCGCGACCGCGACGGCAUGCUGGCGUAUACGCAGGAAGCGGCGCGCGGGGCCGAGCUGUGGGAGAUCUCGGGACCCCCCGCCGAGCCCGAAAUCGACGAACGAGACCGCAAAGACUACUUCGCCCCCUCCACCCGUCUCUUCGCAGACUACUGCCAGACAAUCGUCGCGCGCUACCGCCUCAACACCCCCGGCCUGAUCCGCCAGAGCGAGGUCGUCGACAUUCAGUACGGGGACCACGCAGAGGGCAAGAUCUUCACCGUCACCGCCGCAGACGGCUCAAAGCACUACAGCCGCACCGUCGUCCUGGCCAUCGGCCCCGGCUCCCAGAAAAUCUUCCCCUUCCCCUUGUCCCCCGCCGAACAGCACGGCGCCUGCCACAGCGCUGACAUCCGCGGCUUCCCUUCCCCGAAUGUGGCAGCCAAGAUCCGCCGUCGCCAGCCCUCGCAUCUGGUCGUCGUCGGCGGCGGGCUGUCGUCGGCCCAGAUCGUCGAUAUGGCCGUGCGUCGCGGCGUCACCAAGGUGUGGUUGCUCAUGCGCUCUGAGUAUAAAGUAAAACACUUCGACCUAGCCCUAAACUGGAUGGGAAAGUUCAAGAACCUCGAGAAAGCGCGCUUCUGGUCCGCCGACUCCGAUGAAGAGCGCGCAGCCAUCAUUCAGCUCGCCCGCGGCGGCGGCAGCAUCACGCCGCACUACACCAAGCUCCUCAAGCAGCACGCCGCCCGCGGCGCCGUCUCCAUCCACCCGCGCACCGUCCUCACCUCCCACACCUACCAUCCCGAAUCUCAGACCUGGUCCCUCGCCACCGACCCCCCCAUCCCCGCCCUCGCCGACACCCCCAUCGACUACAUCUACUUCGCCACCGGCAUGCGCGCCGAUGUCGCCGAGAUGCCUCUGCUGCAGAGCAUGCGCGCGCAGUACCCCGUGGACAUAGUGCAGGGGCUGCCCUGCUUGACUGAGGAUCUGAUGUGGAGAGACGGCGUGCCGCUGUUUCUGGCGGGGCGGUUGGCGGCCUUGAGACUGGGGCCUGGGGCCGCGAAUCUCGACGGUGCUAGGUUGGGCGCGGAGAGGAUUGCCUGGGGAAUGGAGGAGUUUCUCGGUCGUGGUCCGGGACAUGGGAAAGGGGGUCAAGUGGAGGGGGAGGGGGAGAGGGAGAGGGAGAGAGCGUGUUUCUGUGGGCUGGGGAAUCGGUUCAAAGAGUUGGAGUUCAUGGCGGAGGAUGAAGAGGAACGGGAGUGUGCUGUGCUUUGCUAAGUCUACCUGCU